GUGUCACUGUACUUCCAUGAAAGACACCUGAAUACACCACAGCCAGAUCCCCCUCUCCUCUCUGGACUGGACAGCUACUUUACACCACCUUUUCGCCUGGGCUAGCAAACUAUGCACCAACUAUGAUGGCGCCCAGUCCAUCCUUCGCUGUGCUCCUGUGUCUCAUGCGAGCCCUCUUCUGCACUGCUGAAAUAGGUAUGUGGGGUUUCAUUUCUUCCAAUUUCUUAGAUUUCAUGCAAUAGUAAACCAAACUGUAUAGUGAAAGUGAUGCAAAUUAAAUUUGUUGAUAUUCUUUUCAUAAUCUUGGCCUUGAUGAGGCUGCUAGAAAGUAACAAUAUUUCUGAAGAAUGAUAAUCCAUAUUUCCAGAAUUUCUUGGUCCUUCAGUAAGUUUAACUUUGCUGGUAGAUACUGCGAGAGAUAUUGAUGUAAUCUACUCCAGGAAUCAUAAGGGAACCAUUUGACAAGCUAGACAACCUUUAGAACAUCUUAAAGUGUUUUAGAAGCCUUCGGAUACCAAAAUGGAAGUGGCCCAAAACAAAUCUAUGUGGCCUAAAAACAUGUAUUUCAAUUGUUGUUACAUGGGCAGGUAGUACUAUGUCCUGUAAUUACAAUGUAGGUAUACAUUGUUACAUAAUAUAUAUUUCUUUAAAAUAAUUUGCAUGCUGAAAGAUGUAACAGUUGUCAGUACUAUAUACAAUUUUAAUCUAUACUGAUUUUACUAUGCAACUUAAUGUACAGUGGGCCCUAAAAUGUUUUGAUUUUGAUGUUGUAGUUGAGUGAUAACAAAAUACUUGUACAGUUCCUGUACAAUUAGACACAGCAGUCAUGUCCGAAUACCCAUUCUAAAUAGUAGACCAUUUAAGUAUGCCAAAAAAAGAAUGUUUUAUAGUAUGUAACAUUGCGAAAAGCUUGAACACACACUUUAAAUGCCCGGAUGUCAUACUAAUUUCGUCUUUGACAGCAGCUGAUAAUCAGAUAUGGGGAUGUGCUACCCAAAUUAACCAAUAACUCAGUGGUUCCCAAACUACAGUACGAAAACGGGGUCGCAGGAGAAUUUCCCAAAUCCCCCUCAAAAAUAAUAUAAAAAAAUAUAGAUGAUAAUAUCGUCUUUGUAUCUCAAAACCUUAAAAAUCUAUAUGAAAAUUAUUUAAACCUAAAAGAUACAAUUCAACCAGAGAGCGCCCUUAAAUCAUAGGAAAAGGCAGCACUUGACCGUUGCACUUGAAUCAUUCCCACAGUGAAUGGCUAGGCCCGCUACGCUAUGAAACCACACACUAUUGCAGAGACUUUGAUAUACAGUAUCUCACAAAAGUGAGUACACCCCUCACAUUUUUGUAAAUAUUUGAGUAUAUCUUUUCAUGUGACAACACUGAAGAAAUGUAACUUUGCUACAAUGUAAAGUAGUAACACAACACACAGCCAUUACUGUCUAAACCGCUGGCAACAAAAGUGAGUACACCCCUAAGUGAAAAUGUCCAAAUUGGGCCCAAAGUGUCAAUAUUUUGUGUGGCCACCAUCAUUUUCCAGCACUUCCUGAACCCUCUUUGGCAUGGAGUUCACCAGAGCUUCACAGCUUGCCACUGGAGUCCUCUUCCACUCCUCCAUGACGACAUCACGGAGCUGGUGGAUGUUAGAGACCUUGCACUCCUCCACCUUCCGUUUGAGGAUGCCCCACAUAUGCUCAAUAGGGUUUAGGUCUGGAGACAUGCUUGGCCAGUCCAUCACCUUUACCCUCAGCUUCUUUAGCAAGGCAGUGGUCGUUUUGGAGGUGUGUUUGGGGUCGUUAUCAUGUUGGAAUACUGCCCUGCGGCCCAGUCUCUGAAGGGAGGGAAUCAUGCUCUGCUUCAGUAUGUCACAGUACAUGUUGGCAUUCAUGGAUCCCUCAAUGAAUGGUACAGUGAGGGAAAAAGUAUUUGAUCCCCUGCUGAUUUUGUACGUUUGCCCACUGACAAAGAAAUGAUCAGUCUAUAAUUUUAAUGGUAGGUUUAUUUGAACAGUGAGAGACAGAAUAACAACAAAAAAAUUCCAGAAAAAUGCAUGUCAAAAAUGUUAUAAAUUGAUUUGCAUUUUAAUGAGGGAAAUAAGUAUUUGACCCCCUCUCAAUCAGAAAGAUUUCUGGCUCCCAGGUGUCUUUUAUACAGGUAACGAGCUGAGAUUAGGAGCACACUCUUAAAGGGAGUGCUCCUAAUCUCAAUUUGUUACCUGUAUAAAAGACACCUGUCCACAGAAGCAAUCAAUCAAUCAGAUUCAAAACUCUCCACCAUGGCCAAGACCAAAGAGCUCUCCAAUGAUGUCAGGGACAAGAUUGUAGACCUACACAAGGCUGGAAUGGGCUACAAGACCAUCGCCAAGCAGCUUGGUGAGAAGGUGACAACAGUUGGUGCGAUUAUUCGCAAAUGGAAGAAACACAAAAUAACUGUCAAUCUCCCUCGGCCUGAGGCUCCAUGCAAGAUCUCACCUCGUGGAGUUGCAAUGAUCAUGAGAACAGUGAGGAAUCAGCCCAGAACUAUACAGGAGGAUCUUGUCAAUGAUCUCAAGGCAGCUGGGACCAUAGUCACCAAGAAAACAAUUGGUAACACACUAUGCCGUGAAGGACUGAAAUCCUGCAGUGCCCGCAAGGUCCCCCUGCUCAAGAAAGCACAUAUACAUGCCCGUCUGAAGUUUGCCAAUGAACAUCUGAAUGAUUCAGAGGAGAACUGGGUGAAAGUGUUGUGGUCAGAUGAGACCAAAAUGGGAGCUCUUUGGCAUCAACUCAACUCGCCGUGUUUGGAGGAGGAGGAAUGCUGCCUAUGACCCCAAGAACACCAUCCCCACCGUCAAACAUGGAGGUGGAAACAUUAUGCUUUGGGGGUGACAACUUCAGCGCAUCAAAGGGACGAUGGAUGGGGCCAUGUACUGUCAAAUCUUGUGUAGAACCUCCUUCCCUCAGCCAGGGCAUUGAAAAUGACCCAAAACACACGGCCAAGGCAACAAAGGAGUGGCUCAAGAAGAAGCACAUUAAGGUCCUGGAGUGGACUAGCCAGUCUCCAGACCUUAAUCCCAUAGAAAAUAUGUGGAGGGAGCUGAAGGUUCGAGUUGCCAAACGUCAGCCUCGAAACCUUAAUGACUUGGAGAAGCUCUGCAAAGAGGAGUGGGACAAAAUCCCUCCUGAGAUGUGUGCAAACCUGGUGGCCAACUACAAGAAACGUCUGACCUCUGUGAUUGCCAACAAGGGUUUUGCCACCAAGUAAUAAGUCAUGUUUUGCAGAGGGGUCAAAUACUUAUUUCCCUCAUUAAAAUGCAAAUCAAUUUAUAACAUUUUUGACAUGCGUUUUUCUGGAUUUUGUUGUUGUUAUUCUGUCUCUCACUGUUCAAAUAAACCUACCAUUAAAAUUAUAGACUGAUAUUUUCUUUGUCAGUGGGCAAACGUACAAAAUCAGCAGGGGAUCAAAUACUUUUUUCCUUCACUGUAGCUCCCCAGUGCCGGCAGCACUCAUGCAGCCCCAGACCAUGACACUCCCACCACCAUGCUUGACUGUAGGCAAGACACACUUGUCUUUGUACUCCUCACCUGGUUGCCGCCACACACGCUUGACACCAUCUGAACCAAAUUUGUUUAUCUUGGUCUCAUCCGACCACAGGACAUGGUUCCGGUAAUCCAUGUCCUUAGUCUGCUUGUCUUCAGCAAACUGUUUGCGGGCUUUCUUGUGCAUCACCUUUAGAAGAGGCUUCCUUCUGGGACGACAGCCAUGCAGACCAAUUUGAUGCAGUGUGCGGCGUAUGGUCUGAGCACUGACAGGCUGACCCCCCACCCCUUCAACCUCUGCAGCAAUGCUGGCAGCACUCAUAUGUCUAUUUCCCAAAGACAACCUCUGGAUAUGACGCUGAGCACGUGCACUCAACUUCUUUGGUCGACCAUGGCGAGGCCUGUUCUGAGUGGAACCUGUCCUGUUAAACCGCUGUAUGGUCUUGGCCACCGUGCUGCAGCUCAGUUUCAGGGUCUUGGCAAUCUUCUUAUAGCCCAGGCAAUCUUUAUGUAGAGCAACAAUUUUUUUUUUUUCAGAUCCUCAGAGAGUUCUUUGCCAUGAGGUUGCCAUGUUGAACUUCCAGUGACCAGUAUGAGGGAGUGUGAGAGCGAUGACACCAAAUUUAACACACCUUCUCCCUAUUCACACCUGAGACCUUGUAACACUAACGAGUCACAUGACACUGGGGAGACGACCACUGCCUUGCUAAAGAAGCUGAGGGUAAAGGUGAUGGACUGGCCAAGCAUGUCUCCAGACCUAAACCCUAUUGAGCAUAUGUGGGGCAUCCUCAAACGGAAGGUGGAGGAGUGCAAGGUCUCUAACAUCCACCAGCUCCGUGAUGUCGUCAUGGAGGAGUGGAAGAGGACUCCAGUGGCAAGCUGUGAAGCUCUGGUGAACUCCAUGCCAAAGAGGGUUAUGGAAGUGCUGGAAAAUGAUGGUGGCCACACAAAAUAUUGACACUUUGGGCCCAAUUUGGACAUUUUCACUUAGGGGUGUACUCACUUUUGUUGCCAGCGGUUUAGACAGUAAUGGCUGUGUGUUGUGUUAUUCUGAGGGGACAGCAAAUUUACAGUUAUACAAGUUGUACACUCACCACUUUACAUUGUAGAAAAGUGACAUUUCUUCAGUGUUGUCACAUGAAAAGAUAUACUCAAAUAUGUACAAAAAUGUGAGGGGUGUACUCACUUUUGUGAGAUACUGUAAAUUACCGGCCGCAAUUAAUAUGGUGAAAGCACUGUGUGGGGAGGCAGAGGCACAGAAACUCACAUCAAUACCUUUGUCAGAUAACACUGGUAGAUGAAGAAGUUAUGCUAUUGCUAGCAAUCAAGAGGAAACUCUGACUGAACAACUCCCCAGCUUAUGCUCUCCAAAUGGACGUUAGCUGUGAGGGCAGAGAUGCCCAUGCAUUGGCUUUUGUUCGCUAUACAUGAUGGGGGAUGCUACUCACGAGGACAUAUUGUUCUGUCUCACAGAUUCACGUCUAUGUCGGGACGGCGGGCAGGCCUUUGCACUCUAGUUAUGACUGCGUCUCAAUCUGCUAUAUGGACGCAUCAUAUGAAACAUUGAGAGCAACUAGUGGCAAAAGAGCAGCGCACAGAACUCAGAGAUAUACUGCAGCAGGUACAUUUGAUUGUAAACUACAUCAAACCACAUCCACUGCCUGUUUGCAAAACUAUGUGAAGAUAUGGGAUCAGAGCAUGACAAUGUUCUAUUUCACACCGAGGCUUGGUGGUUAUCAAGUGUUUAAAAGAUUUUUCGCAUUGAGAGAAGAACUGUUGUCAUUCACAAUGGAUGUAAAAAAAAAUAGGCUUGGUUGACUUUCUGUGUAAUGAAAAGAAAAUGUUUCGGCUUGCCUAUGUAACAGUCACAUUUGGGAAAUUGAAUGAACUGAACACAAGCAUGCAUUCUACAUUCAGUGUAUUGAGAGGAAAUUAUACAUUUUGGAGAGAGAGUCUUUCAAAGCGAACCAUGGCCCCUUUCCUCGGCUGUGCAUGUUUCUAACAGAAAACUGCAUCAGUAAGUGUCCCACACUAAUGAUGACUGCUCACCUCCAACGCUUGGAAGAGCAGUUUGGGACCUACUUCCCAAUCCAUUUGACUGUGAUCCUGGCUCAGUUGGCAUGCCGGUAAGUGAAAUUGAACAGCUGAUCGAGCUGUCAUGUGACAAAAUGCUGCAGACGAAUGCUGACUCAAAGGAAAUACACUGCCGUAUCCCUCUGAGCAUUAAAACUCACCCUUCGCCAGCUCAUAUCUGUGUCAAGCUGGAUUCAGUGCUCUCUUCAGCAGAGAUGAGGUGCGCACUUUCGACCAUGCCUCCUAACUUUGAGAAGCUAUGACGUGACAUGCAUCAAGCAGACCCAUCUCAUUGGUUGUGGUGAGAUAAGAGACAUUAUGUCAGAUUAUUUUGCAAUUGACUGUCAUAGCCCCACAUUAAAAGUAUGUGAUGGUGAGUUGAGAAGACAAUCAAAAAUACUGUUAGAAUGUUUUUCAAUUGACUGCCAUCGCCCCAAAUAAAAAAAGUAAACAUUGGCUGUUAAUUACAUAUUUUUUUCACAUGGUCGGGGUCACGAGAAUUUUCAGAUAUCAAAAUGGGGUCAUGGACCAAAAAAGUUUGGGAACCCCUGUUUUGAAGUAAAUACUAAACCAUCUUUUGAUUUCUGAAUGUGUCGGCACCGGGGACUCGGGAUGUGGCUGCGUUAUUGAUGUCAUGUUAUCAUGCCUUUUGAUCUGAACUUAAGGAUUGUUUCAGUUUUGUAAAUUAUUUAAUUUAUGGAUCAGUGCUUUAGUUUAUUAUGUUGCUGUACAGAGGUUCUAAAUUUGCGAUGCAUCGAUGUCCAAGUUUUUCUGUGCAAUAGCCCUUUGAUUAGAACAUUUGAAAAGUUUUGGUGUGUGUACUAAGCUAUUUGAUUUAAUGUAUAUAUGUUACAUCACUUUGGUUUCAAUAAUAAAUAUGUUGAAAUGGAACCAAAUGAUAUGUUUUUUUUUUCUUCAGUCCUUUUGAAACAGGAUAGAUGGGCUAUAUGAGCUAUGGUAUAGGUCAAAUGUGAUUUCUGCUUAUAACCAGCCUGAGUAGGCCGAUAACUCCCUUUCUAUUCUAUUCAGAGUUUAGGGAAAUUAAUCGAAUUGGAAAUGAGCUAUUAUCAGGCUGGUUAAUGCAUGCAUGUCUGCUGAAUUUGGAAAAUCCUCCUGCCCCACCUACUCAGCCAGUCAGGAGCCACUACUGCGUUGCGGCUGUGACGUACAGCUUACUUUUUACUAAAUGGUACAUGCUAAAUAGUAUGCAACAAUGAGGACAUAGUAUGCAGUUUAAGUGUGUAGUACGCUAGUAUGGGUAUUCGGACACGGCCAUUGUCUCAGUCACAGUUCAAUAGUUUUGCUGUGCUGUUUAUGAGGGAUGAGACCUUGAAUAGAUCACAUUAUUGUCCUUUUCCACUGUGAUGCAGACAGCAGCUCCUUCCUGAUCUACAACCAGGAUCACAACAAGUGUGUGGUGGCAGUGAGCGCCAGUCAGGUCACGGUGGCUACCUGUAACCCAGUGUCCCAGAACCAGCAGUUCCGUUGGGCCUCACGGUCUCGUCUCCUCAGCAUCUCCCUGAAGCUCUGCCUGGGGGCUCAGGACCUAAAGGACUGGGUCAAGGUGCUGCUCUUCCCCUGUGAUGAGAAGAGUGAGCUCCAGCACUGGCAGUGUAAGAACGAAACACUGUUCGGCCUCAAAGACAAGGCGCUGCACUUGAACUACGGCGAACGCAAUGAAAAUAACAUGAUGAUCUACCAGGGAGCUGGGGUUUGGAGCCGAUGGAAGAUGUACGGUACUCAGAAGGACCUCUGCUCCAAGGGCUACCAAGGUAAGGAAGAGCACACACUCACCUUUACUGGAGGUUGUCAUAACUGUUGUCAUAAACGUUCUUAAAGACAGGAAAUAUACAGGUAACUGUCAAAAUAAAUUAAACACAAACAUACAGUGUCUUAAUAGGGCGUUGGGCCACCACAAGCCGCUAAUGCGCCUUAGGUAUAGAUUUUACAAGUGUCUGGAACUCUAUUGGAGGGAUGUGACACCAUUCUUCCACGAGAAAUUCCACCAUUUUAUGUUUUGUUGAUGGUGGUGAAAAACGCUGUCUCAAGCGCAGCUCAAGAAUCUCCCAUAAGUGUUCGAUUGGGUUGAGAUCUGAUGACUGACUCAAUAAACUUUGUAUGCCUCAUUUACUGAAGUGUUUUUUCCCCCCCUUCCACAGAGGUGUUCACACUAGGGGGGAAUGCCUUUGGAAGCACAUGCCAGUUCCCCUUUAAGUUUGAGGAGAAGUGGUUCGCUGAGUGCACUCUGGAGGGGCGCUCAGAUGGACAGCUCUGGUGCGCCACAGAGACGGAUUACAAUAAAGACAAAAAGUGGGGCUUCUGUCCCUCGAAAUGUGAGUCAAGCCAUCACAUUUCCUGCCAUGUUUGAUGUAAUUUACUGCCAUUUUCCAGUGAUCAGGAAAAACAGUUAUACUGAGGGUCAGUAGGUGACACCUAUAGAAAAUCAGAAUCCUUAUGUAUCAAGCAUCUCAGAAUUGGAGCGCUGAUCUAGGAUCAGUAGCCUUUUAGAUCAUAAUUAAUGACAUUACAUGGACAGGAAGAGACCUGAUCGUAGAUCAGCAGUCCUACUCUGGGAUACUUUAUGAAUACGAGCCCAGUUCCUAAAUAAAAAUGUCAAAUCAAUUUGACUCAUGGGCGUACACACAUCUCCAACACCAGUGGCCUACUCUAUCCUAGAAUGUGAUGAUUUUGUAAAUAGAAGGGAAACGACCUGGGUUUAAGAUGUGUUUACCAGUCUGAAACACCUGCAUCAACAGAAAACGAAACACUUUGGGGACGGCAUCCAAUUCAAACAAUGCCGUAAAACUCCCUGCCAUGCCUGUGAUAGCGGCAGAUUCCUCAUAAAAACAGGGGCUACACAGGAAAUUCUUUGAUUUUCCUGUUUUUCCGUGACCUCACUGGAGGUCUGGUCUCUGACCUCCCGGCAGAAAAACACAAAUGCUUCCUCUCGUUCCUCUAACUGUGUGUCUCUUUUCCCUUCCAACCUGACUGGAGCUCAAACCUGUAAUUCCCCAAAACUGGGACAGGAAGAGGGAGGAAGCCCCCUUUCACCAUAGUUUCUGGUAAACUGCCACCAUAGUCACAGAUAUCAAAUCAAAUCACAUUUUAUUGGCCACAUGCGCCAAAUACAACAGGUGCAGACAUUACAGUGAAAUGAUUACUUACAGCCCUUAACCAACAGUGCAUUUAUUUUUAAUAAAAAAGUAGAAUAAAACAAAAAAGUGUUGAGAAAGAAAGAGCAGAAGUAAAAUAAAAUAAGAGUAGGGAGGCUAUAUACAGGGGGGUACCGGUGCAAAGUCAAUGUGCGGGGGCACCGGCUAGUUGAGGUAGUUGAAGUAAUAUGUACAUGUGGGUAGAGUUAAAGUGACUAUGCAUAAAUAAUUAACAGAGUAGCAGCAGCGUAACAAGAUGGGGUGGGGGGGGGGGGGGGGGGGGGGGGGGUGGGGGGGGGGGGUGGGGGGGGGGGGGGGGGGGGGGGGGGGGGGGGGGGGGGCAGUGCAAAUAGUUUGGGUAGCCAUGAUUAGCUGUUCAGGAGUCUUAUGGCUUGGGGUAGAAGCUGUUUGGGGCUAGGUCUUUGGACCUAGACUUGGCACUCCGGUACCGCUUGCCGUGCGGUAGCAGAGAGAACAGUCUAUGACUAGGGUGGCUGGAGUCUUUGACAAUUUUGAGGGCCUUCCUCUGACACCGCCUGGUAUAGAGGUCCUGGAUGGCAGGAAGCUUGGCCCCAGUGAUGUACUGGGCCGUACGCACUACCCUCUGUAGUGCCUUGCGGUCGGAGGCCAAGCAGUUGCCAUACCAGGCGGUGAUGCAACCAGUCAGGAUGCUCUCGAUGGUGCAGCUGUAUAAUUUUUUGAGGAUCUGAGGUCCCAUGCCAAAUCUUUUCAGUCUCCUGAGGGGGAAUAGGCUUUGUCGUGCCCUCUUCACGACUGUAUUGGUGUGUUUGGACCAUGAUAGUUCGUUGGUGAUGUGGACACCAAGGAACUUGAAGCUCUCAACCUGUUCCACUACAGCCCCGUCGAUGAGAAUGGGGGCGUGCUCAGUCCUCUUUUUUUCCUGUAGUCCACAAUCAUCUCCUUUGUCUUGGUCACGUUGAGGGAGAGGUUGUUGUCCUGGCACCACAUGGCCAGGUCUCUGACCUCCUCCCUAUAGGCUGUCUCAUCGUUGUCAGUGAUCAGGCCUAUCACUGUUGUGUCGUCGGCAAACUUAAUGAUGGUGUUGGAGUCGUGCCUGGCCAUGCAGUCAUGGGUGAACAGGGAGUACAGGAGGGGACUGAACACGCACCCCUGAGGGGCCCCCAUGUUGAGGAUCAGUGUGGCAGAUGUGUUGUUACCUACCCUUACCACCUGGGGGCGGCCCGUCAGGAAGUCCAGGAUCCAGUUGCAGAGGGAGGUGUUUAGUCCCAGGAUCCUUAGGGGGGCAGCUCUAAGUGGUAGAGAUUAACAACACUAUUUGUUUCAGUUCUUGGACCGUUAUUGAUGCUUUAUUUUUUCCAUCUCAAGUGUGACUUAUUAUUUUUGUGUCCCUCUCAGCGUCCUCAGGUUGGGACAGUGACCCAGUGACAGGUGCUCUGUACCAGAGGAACACCCAGUCUGUGCUGACCUGGCACCAGGCGAGGAAGAGCUGCCAGCAGCAAGGAGCUGACCUGCUCAGUAUCAUAGAGCUCCACGAGCAGACCUACAUCUCAGGUAUGUACAGGCAGCCCUACAUCCUACAUCAGCUAUGUACAGGCAGACCUACACUACCGUUCAAAAGUUUGGGGUCACUUAGAAAUGUCAUUUUUUUCGAAAGAAAAGCAAUUUUUUUGUCCAUUAAAAUAACAUCACUUUGAUCAGAAAUACAGUGUAGACAUUGUUAAUGUUGUAAAUGGCUAUGGUAGCUGGAAACGGCAGUUUUUAAUGGAAUAUCUACAUAGGCAUACAGAGGCCCAUUAGCAGCAAAGAAAAAGCCAUUUCUCAGACUGGCCAAUAAAAAGAAAAUAUUAAGAUGGGCAGUCUGAGAUACGGCUUUUUCUUUGCAACUCUGCCUGGAAGGUCAGCAUCCCGGAGUCGCCUCUUCACUGUUGACGUUGAGACUGGUGUUUUGCGGGUACUAUUUAAUGAAGCUGCCAGUUGAGGACCUGUGAGGUGCCUGUUUCUCAAACUAGACACUCUAAUGUAUUUGUCCUCUUGCUCAGUUGUGCACCGGGGCCUCCCACUCCUCUUUCUAUUCUGGUUAGAGCCAGUUUGCGCUGUUCUGUGAAGGGAGUAGUACACAGCGUUGUACGAGAUCUUCAGUUUCUUGGCAAUUUCUCGCAUGGAAUAGACUUCGUUUCUCAGAACAAGAAUAGACUGACGAGUUUCAGAAGAAAGUUAUUUGUUUCUGGCCAUUUUGAGCCUGUAAUCGAACCCACAAUUGCUAAUGCUCCAGAUACUCAAUUAGUCUCAAGAAGGCCAGUUUUAUUGCUUCUUUGAUCAGCACAACAGUUUUCAGCUGUGCUAACAUAAUUGCAAAAGGGUUUUCUAAUGAUCAAUUAGCGUUUUAAAAUGAUAAACUUGGAUUAGCAAACACAACGUGCCAUUGGAAUACAGGACUGAUGGUUGCUGAUAAUGGGCCUCUGUACGCCUAUGGAGAUAUUCCAUAAAAAAAUCUGCAGUUUACAGCUACAAUAUCCAUACAACAUUAACAAUGUCUACACUGUAUUUCUGAUCAAUUUGAUGUUAUUUUAAUGGACAAAGAAAUUGCUUUUCUUUCGAAAAAAAUGAAAUUUCUAAGUGACCCCAAACUUUUGAACGGUAGUGUAUGUCAGGUAUAUAUUUUAUAUUUGAGAUUCUUCAAAUAGCCACCCUUUGCCUUGAUGACAGCUUUGCACACUCUUGGCAUUCUCUCAACCAGCUUAAUGAGGUAGUCACCUGGAAUGCAUUUCAAUUAACAGGUGUGCCUUCUUAAAAGUUAAUUUGUGGAAUUUCUUUCCUUCUAAAUACGUUUGAGCCAAACAGUUGUGUUGUGACAAGGUAGGGGGGGUAUACAGAAGAUAGCCCUAUUUGGUAAAAGACCAAGUCCAUAUUAUGGCAAGAACAGCUCAAAUAAGCAAAGAGAAAUUACAGUGUAUCAUUACUUUAAGACAUGAAGGUCAGUCAAUACGGAACAUUUCAAGAACUUUGAAAGUUUAUUCAAGUGCAGUCGCAGAAACCAUCAAGCGCUAUGAUGAAGCUGGGUCUCAUGACGACCACCACAGGAAUGGAAGACCCAGAGUUACCUCUGCUACAGAGGAGAAGUUCAUUAGAGUUACCAGCCUCAGAAAUUGCAGCCCAAAUAAAUGCUUCACAGAGUUCAAGUCACAGACACAUCUCAACAUCAACUGUUCGGAGGGGACUGUGUGAAUCAGGCCUUCAUGGUUGAAUUACUGCAAAGAAACCACUACUAAAGGACACCAAUAAUAAGAAGAGACCUGCUUGGGCCAAGAAACACGAGCAAUGGACAUUAGACCGGGGGAAAUUUGUCCUUUGGUCUGGAGUCCAAAUGCCGUGGCUUUGUGAGACGCGGUGUGGGUGAACGGAUGAUCUCUGCAUGUGUAGUUCCCACCGUAAAGAAUGGAGGAGGAGGUGUUGUGGUGUGGGGCUGCUUUGCUGGUGACAGUGGCUGUGAUUUAUUUAGAAUUCAAGGCACACUUAACCAGCAUGGCUACCACAGCAUUCUGCAGCGAUACGCCAUCACAUCUGGUUUGGGCUUAGUGGGACUAUAAUUUGUUUUUCAACAGGACAACGACCCAACACACCUCCAGGCUGUGUAAGGGCUAUUUUACCAAGAAGGAGAGUGAUGGAGUGCUGCAUCAGAUGACCUGGCCUCCACAAUCACCCGACCUCAAUCCAAUUGAGAUGGUUUGGGAUGAGUCGGACGGCAGAGUGAAGGAAAAGCAGCCAACACGUGCUAAGCAUAUGUGGGAACUCUUUCAAGACUGUUGGAAAAGCCUUCCAGGUGAAGCUGGUUGAGAGAAUGCCAAGAGUGUGCAAAGCUGUCAUCAAGGCAAAGGGUGGCUAUUUGAAGAAUCUCAAAUGUAAAAUGUAUUUUGAUUUGUUUAACACUUUUUUGGUUACUACAUGAUUCCAUAUGUGUUAUUUCAUAUUUUUGAUGUCUUCACUAUUAUUCUACAAUGUAGAAAAUAGUAAAAAAAAAAAAGAAAAACCCUUGAAUGAGUAGGUGUGUCCAAACUUUUGACUGGUACUGUACAUCUGAGGUACAGUCCCUAAAGCUCCAUGAGCAAAUCUACAUCUGACGUACAAUCUAACCUGUUGUACAUGGGAGGACUAGGACCAGAAACCAGCCGAGGCAUUUCUGACACACCAGCUCAAAGAUGGACCAGCCCACCGGACAUUUACUUGAAGUGCCUUACAGUGUGGCCAGUCUGUUUCUGCUCUUGUCUAACCUACAACCUCACCUUGAUUUGGAGUGAAAUUAAUCUGAAACACUCAAUUGCUUAUUAGGAAUAUCAUAAUUCUCUCGUGGAUGUAUUGUAAUGCUUUUCAUUGUUGCAGGGUUGACCAAUAUCCUGGGCACCUCUCUGUGGAUUGGACUGAAUAGCCUGGACUUUGAGGCUGGAUGGCAGUGGAGCAAUGGAAACCCAUUCAGAUAUUUAAACUGGGCCCCGGGUGAGUGCAACUGCAUGCAACACAUCACACUAUACUUUACAGCUUUGAGGUCAACUGAGGUUGUCCAACUAUGCUAUGUGUUCCCAUGGUGCAGGAAGAGAAUGAAUAAAUAUAUGGGUCAAUAUUUCCUAAAGGACAUCCAUCUACUGAACCCGGGCACACCUGUGGAACCCUGAAUGCUGGCAAGGCCUCGAAAUGGGAGACCAGUGAAUGCUCCAAGAACCUUGGAUACAUCUGUCGCAAAGGCAACUCUACAGCUCUGGCCCCUGCCCAGAUAGGUAAGAACUGAAUCAUACAUGCUUGUCAUGAACUACACUAGAACACUUUUAAGAAGUUUUGAACUUGCAACACAAGGUUAAAAUGAUUCUACACAAUUCUUGCAACAUUUCAGCCAGUAGUUCUGAAAGUAGCACUCACAAGCCAAAAGAGGUCGCCAAAAUGUGUUUACUAAGUUAUGUUAGGGCCGUGCAUGAGCAAUACAAAACCUGGUUGUGUAGUGUAAACAGAACCAUUAUACACCCAGUGUACAAAAUAUUAGGAACACCUGCUCUUUCCAUGACAUAGACUGACCAGGUGAAACCAGGUGAAAGCUACAAUCCCUUAUUAAUGUCACCUGUUACAUCCACUUCAAUCAGUUUAGAUGAAUGGAAGGAGACAGGUUAAAGAAGGAUUUUUAAGCCUUGAGACAAUUGAGACAUGGAUUGUGUAUGUGUGUCAUUCAGAGGGUGAAUGGGCAAGACAAAAUAUUUAAGUGCUUUUGAAUGGGGUAUGGUAGUAGGUGCCAGGCACACCGGUUUGAGUGUGUCGAGAACUGCAAUUCCUAAUGUUUUGUACACUCGGUGUAUAUCAGUGUACAAAACUCAAGUAGAACAAAAUGGCACUACAGUUUGGCAGUCUAACACUUUCUGAACCUACCUUCUCAAUGACUGUUGAACUUUGACCCCCCUCUGUAGGCAAAGACCAGCCUACCUUCUGUCCUAGUCACUGGAUCCCCUACGCAGGCCACUGCUACUACCUGGAACGUACCAAGAAGAUGUGGAAGGAUGCCUUGUCCGCCUGUCACAAAUAUGGAGGGGACCUGGCCAGCAUCCACAACAUAGAAGAACAGAGCUUCAUCAUCUCUCAGUCAGGAUACAGUGAGUACACAAUCCAUCCCAAAUGGCACCCCAUUCCCUAGGGACCCUGGUCAAAAGUAAUGCACUAAAUAGGGAAAAGGUUGCCAUUUGGGACGCAACCCGUGUUGUACAAUGUUGUAACUCAGAAAAGUGUCUGGUAUAUUUGUUAGACACAAGGUUUCAUAUGGGUAGUCCUUUCUAUUGGCUUUGAAAACGACUCUGAAUCUCUGUGUGUGGGAUCUUUCUGUGAAUGAGCCAGCUUAGUUCAUUUGAGGUAACGAUAAGUAUAUCACGUGUUUUCAGCUAUGUCUACCUGCCUCUGAAUGUCUCUCUGCUUGACUCUAGCGGCCACAGAUGAGCUGUGGAUUGGCCUGAACGACCAGUGGAAAGCACUGCUGUUUGAGUGGACCGACCGAUCCCAUGUGACAUUCAGCCAGUGGCAGGCAGGGGAGCCAUCCCAUGGUGCCAACCUCCAGGAGGACUGUGUACUGAUCAGAGGAAAGGUAACAUCCACACUGGUCCCUCAAUGGACAGACUGGGUUAAUGCUAACGCUAAUUAAAUGCUAACGCUAAUGCUAACACCAAUGCUAAAUGAUAGGGCUAACAGUAGCACUGAUGAUGAAGUUUAACAGAGGUGUCAACACAGUAAUAAAUGUGGAAUAGCGACCAUGUGGACUCUCCAUAUUCUCCCACAGGAUGGGAGGUGGGCUGAUAAUUUGUGUGAGAAGACCUAUGGGUACAUCUGUAAGAAAAAGGCCUCCACCAAACCGGUGUCAGAUACCCCAGAGGAAGUCAGUCCAGGAUGUAAACUGGUGAGUGGUAAUUUCCUGGUUGUCGAGAAAGAGAGUAUUGUACACACUGAAUACAGAAAGAUAUCACAUGAAGUAGAAACUUGAAAAUAAUUAUAGAUAAGGAGGACUAUCUAGAAUGGGGUCAUCUUGAUGGACAAAGAUUUAACCGUUUGAAGAUAAUUGUUUCUGUAUUUUCGUUCUAGGGUUGGAUACGGUAUGGUUCCUAUUGCUACAACAUUGGAUUAGAAACCAAAACAUUUGAUGAAGCCAAGCAGACAUGCCAGCAGAGUGAUUCGAACCUGGUAUAUGUGGCUGACAGGUAGAGUAUCACAUCAUGACUUUUCAUCAUAAGAGAAGAUAAAUAUAUUUGACUCAUUUAUUUGAGUGAAAUAAGAGGAUUAUAUUGGCCAAAUCCUGGACAAGACAUAACAAUAUGUUUUCAGAUAACAGAUCAAAUGUUUAUGUGUGUGUGUGUGUUGUAGGUAUGAGAAUGCCUUCCUGGUCAGUUUGGUGGGUCUGAGGCCAGAGAAGUACUUCUGGACUGGACUCUCCAACAUGGCGGAUGUAGACACGUUCAAGUGGACUACCCGUACGGAGGUCAAGUUCACCCACUUCAACAUUGGCAUGCCAGGUACAGUGUCCUUCUCGCACGAUGGUUAUAUAGGCAGCUGCUCCAAACCACUACUGUGCAUCAACUGAUGAUCGAUUGUAGCAUGAACUGCCAUUGGUAUUAGUCGACUGCAGUAUUAAGAGGUGUACUUUCUCCCACACCUUAACCACCUUGCAAAUGUCAGAACUAAAUUAAACAACUAAAUUUUCUCUCAUCUCUUUGUGUGUUUGAAAAAAGACAGAAAACAAGGCUGUGUGGCUAUGACAACUGGAAUGUUUGCGGGACUGUGGGAUGUGGUCAGCUGCAGCAACAAGGAAAAAUACAUCUGUAAGAAAAUGGCGGAGGGUGUGACAUCAUCAAUGGCCCCUCCCACCACCCCGGCACUGAGCUGUCCUUCUGGGUGGUCACCUGCUGCUGAAAGGAAUGUCUGUUAUAAGGUACGGUAGGGGAACAUAUUGUACAUGUUCUGUAUAUGACACAAACACCUUGUUGAUCAGUGAAUUUAAAUGAAUAAAUUUGAAGUGAAUUGAUUCAUUGAAGUGAAUUAAUGAAUUUUCUUUCCCUUCAAUAAGCUUUACAAAAAAGUGAAAGAGAACAAGAAGACAUGGUCAGAGGCACAGGACUUCUGCAAGGCCAUUGGUGGUAAUCUGAUGAGUAUUCACAGUUCCCAAGACCUGAACAGCUCUCCGUAAGUCAUCUUCAAAGCUGUCUCUAUUGCCAUGAGUAUCAGUGAAAACCAGUGUGGUCCUAUUAAGCACUAUCUGUGGUUAAAAUCAAAAUCAGCACGGUCGUAAUAACCACUGUCUGUGGUUUCCAUUUUCUCUGUUUGUUCAGGCAACAUGCCGUUGAUGCAGCCUGGAUUGGCCUCAGCUCUCUGGAUCCCAAUGCAGGUUACGUCUGGGAUGACGGAUCAGCAGUGAGUAGCUACCAUCUCAUCUUUACUGUGAUAACCCUUCUCCUUAGCAGUAGUUUAUUACACUCUACUCUUGCUUCAAUCAUUGAUUUGUCAUCAUUGUCAUUAAUGGUAUUGACAGUAAAUACAGUAUUAUGGUGUCCAUAUAAAGACAGCCUCAUACUGAGACUGAGGCUAAUAUGGACGCCGUACAGUGCUGCUGUGUAAUAUUAUUCCAAUGUUGUUCUCCAGUUCAGCUAUGAGAAUUGGGGAUUUGGAGAACCAAACAACUACAAUAAUGAUGAACACUGUGUAGAGGUCCAUUUUUACUUCGGACGCCAGUGGAACGAUCGACACUGUGAUGGCUACAAUGACUGGAUCUGCGAGAUCCGCAAAGGUACAGUAGACUCUAUCUGCUGACACUGACUUCACCAUGCAGUCCAUGUAAGUCAUUAAACUAUUAAUGCACAUUGAAUUUGAUGCGUUUUUAGAUUUUUCAGAGACCCUCAACCUUGCAUCUGUGCUCACCCAAACUUUUUUUUUAUCCACAGGGGUGACACCAAAGCCCCCUCCCACUCAAGUUGUGCCAGGUAAUGCACAGAAAAUAUGUCCAGUUUCAUGUUUCUCUUUCCUCCACUUCCUGUCUCCACUUCCUCCUCAUUCCUUAUCAUUAUCCCUGCUCUUUUUCAAACUCUUGGCCUUUUCUUUUAAGGAAAAUGUAUCACUGCACAUACUCUCUAGCAUACCAUCAUCAAUUAUUUGGUUCAUGAACACAAACACUCACACCUAAGAGAAAAAUGUACUCCUAAUCAGGGUUGGGGAGUAACGGAUUACAUGUAUUACAUGUAAUCUGUUACAUGUGAGGGAUUACAAAAAACGGUAACUGUAAUCCGUUACGUUACCAGCAAAAAUAUUGUAAUCGGAUUACAGAUACUUUUGAAAAACUAGAUGAUUACUUUGAGGAUUACUUUUACAUUCAGAAAGGAUGUUUGCGAAAAUACAUCUUUGACACUUCUCUGUUUUCUCAAUGACAUUCAAAUCAGCAUUGAAAAAGGAACAAGUUUAAUUUUGUUGCACCUGUGCGAGUCUGACCACAAGUCAGAGACCACUAUGAUGACACACCAAAUGUGUUUGAUGGAUCGCGGGAAAAGAGCAGGAAUAGGCUUUUGUAGGCUACAGUCCAAGAUAUGUCUUCCAAUGGUGCGACUGCUGUCGGCACCCAAAGAUUAUUCAGCUUGAAUAAACGCUUGGAGGUGAGGAUGACAGCAGUGGUGUAGUCUACGGCGAUACGGAUAUCACUUAUUAUUGAUAUCUACACAGCACAAUGAUGUGAAUCACACUGCUGCUCUCUCGUUUAGCUAUUACGGAUUGUGGUUGUUGUGGAUGGCUGUUCACAAAUCUAAAUGUGUAUUUUAACCCAACAAUGGUUGAAUUCAAGAAGUUUAAGGUGCCUUUCAAUCUUUGUUUUUGAAACCAGUGGACAGCCAGUGAAAUAUGCGCUCUUGCAACAGUUGCAUAGUGCGGAUCCCAGCCUAUGGAAUGAAAGUAAAACUUUUAUUGCGCAAUCAAAUCAAAUCAAAUCAAAUUGUAUUUGUCACAUGCGCCGAAUACAACAGGUGUAGACCUUACAGUGAAAUGCUUAUUUACAAGCCCUUAACCAACAAUUACGUUUUAAGAAAGAAUACCAAAACAAAUCACCAAAAAAUUGAAUAUAAAAUAAUACGAAAUAAAAGUAACAAAUAAUUUAAGAGCAGCAGUAAAAAUAACAAUAGCGAGGCUAUAUACAGGGGGUACCGGUACCGAGUUAAUGUGCGGGGGCACCAGUUAGUCGAGGUAAUUGAGAGGGGGGGCGCAAUGCAAAUAGUCUGGGUAGCCAUUUGAUUAGAUGUUCAAGAGUCUUAUGGCUUGGGGGUAGAAGCUGUUUAGAAGCCUCUUGGACCUAGACUUGGCGAUCCGGUACCGCUUGCCGUGCGGUAGCAGAGAGAACAGUCUAUGACUAGGGUGGCUGGAGUCUUUGACAAUUUUGAGGGCCUUCCUCUGACACCGCCUGGUAUAGAGGUCCUGGAUGGCAGGAAGCUUGGCCCCAGUGAUGUACUGGGCCGUACGCACUACCUCUGUAGUGCCUUGCGGUCGGAGGCCAAGCAGUUGCCAUACCAGGCAGUGAUGUAACCAGUCAGGAUGCUCUUGAUGGCGCAGCUGUAGAACCUUUUGAGGAUCUGAGGACCCAUGCCAAAUAUUUUCAGUCUCCUAGGUUUUGUCGUGCCCUCUUCACGACUGUCUUUAUGUGCUUGGACCUUGUUAGUUUAUUGGUGAUGUGGACACCAAGGAACUUGAAGCUCUCAACCUGCUCCACUACAGCCCCGUCGAUGAGAAUGGGGGCGUGCUCGGUCCUCUUCUUUUUCCUGUAGUCCACAAUCAUCUCCUUUGUAUUGAUCACGUUGAGGGAGAGGUUGUUAUCCUGGCAUCACCCGGCCAGGUCUCUGACCUCCUCCCUAUAGGCUGUCUCGUCGUUGUCUGUGAUCAGGCCUACCACUGUUGUGUCAUCGGCAAACUUAAUGAUGGUGUUGGAGUCGUGCCUGGCCAUGCAGUCAUGAGUGAACAGGGAGUACAGGAGGGGACUGAGCACGCACCCCUGAGGGGCCCCCGUGUUGAGGAUCAGCGUGGCGAAUGUGCUGUUACCUACCCUUACCAGCUGGGGGCGGCUCGUCAGGAAGUCCAGGAUCCAGUUGCAGAGGGAGGUGUUUAGUCCCAGGGUCCUUAGCUUAGUGAUGAGCUUUGAGGGCACUAUGGUGUUGAACGCUGAGCUGUAGUCAAUGAAUAGCAUUCUCACAUAGGUGUUCCUUUUGUCCAGGUGUGAAAGGGCAGUGUGGAGUGCAAUAGAGAUUGCAUCAACCGUGGAUCUGUUGGGGCGGUAUGCAAAUUGGAGUGGGUCUAGGGUUUCUGGGAUAAUGGUGUUGAUGUGAGCCAUGACCAGCCUUCUAAAGCACUUCAAGGCUACAGACGUGAGUGCUACGGGUCGGUAGUCAUUUAGGCAGGUUACCUUAGUGUUCUUGGGCACAGGGACUAUUGUGGUCUGCUUCAAACAUGUUGUUAUUACAGACUCAGACAGGGAGAGGUUGAAAAUGUCAGUGAAGACACGUGCCAGUUGGUUCAGCGCAUGCUCAGAGUACAUGUCCUGGUAAUCUGGCCUUGUGAAUGUUGAUCUGUUUAAAGGUCUUACUCACAUCGGCUACGGAGAGCGUGAUCACACAGUCGUCCGGAACAGCUGAUGCUCUCAUGGAUGUGUCAGUGUUACUUGCCUCGAAGCAAGCAAUCUAAUUCAUGAUCAUAAAAAAUGAAUCCACAGGCCUAAUGUCCAUUGCUCGUGUUUCUUGGCCCAAGCAAGUCUCUUCUUCUUAUUGGUGUCCUUUAGUGGUGGUUUCUGGUAAUGAUGGACUGUCGUUUCUCUUUGCUUAUUUGAGCUGUUCUUGCCAUAAUAUGGACUUGGUCUUUUACCAAAUAGGGCUAUCUUCUGUAUACCACCCCUACCUUGUCACAACACAACUGUUUGGCUCAAACGUAUUUAGAUGGAAAGAAAUUCCACAAAUUAACUUUUAAGAAGGCACACCUGUUAAUUGAAAUGCAUUCCAGGUGACUACCUCAUGAAGCUGGUUGAGAGAAUGCCAAGAGUGUGGAAAGCUGUCAUCAAGGCAAAGGGUGGCUAUUUGAAGAAUCUCAAAUAUAAAAUAUAUAAUGAUUUGUUUAAAACUUUUUUGGUUACUACAUGAUUCCAUAUGUGUUAUUUCAUAGUUUUGAUGUCGUCACAAUUAUUCUACAAUGUAGAACAUAGUAAAAAUAAAGAAAAACCCUGGAAUGAUUAGGUGUGUCCAAACUUUUGACUGGUACCAUUGAUUCUUGAAGAAUAUAACUUAUAAAUGCCUCAUGAGCUUAGUUCCACUCCAUGAGAACCCAACAUAUAAGCUUGUUUAUUUCUCCCAUGUUUGUAAACAUUGUAAAUGUAAACAAACACUGUAUAGCCUGAUAACAUUGUUAAAACUAUCAUUUUGAUAUCAUGGAUGGUCAGUCCUUGCAUCCAUAGCUCUGACUAUUAAUCUGUGAGUGGUUACAUUUCUCCAGGCCCAUCCCUCAGCUUCUUACCAAAACUGAGGCGGGGCGGCCGUUUUGUUACUGUUUCAUCUGUGGAUUUGCCCUUUAAACAGCUGCAUAUUUUCACGAUAUCAAAGUGUCACCAACAAAAAGGUAAACAAUAGGCCUAUAGUAAAUGCAGCAUAUUGCAUACAUUUUUCACAUGUAAAUAGCACUUUUCAGUAGUGCUCAAAGCAUGCCAUUUCAUGAGUGCAGCAUUUAUUUUUCAACUCGAAUCAAUGAGCCUAAUCAGUCCUCCAUGACAACAAAAGUAGGGCUGGCUGAUAAGUCCUUAGUUUUUGGGUUAUGCUCAGGUAAAACUAUUUGACUAAUCUAUAUUUCCAUAUUUCCAAGUCCUAUUCUUGAAGAUCAAGGGGUAUGAAAUGUAUUGGAAUGACUGGAAUUCUGAUAGACUUUGGUUUUUAAUGUAAAGAUAUAAUUUAAUCGUAUAUAUGUAGUAGAAUGCGAUGGGUUAGAAGAAGCCUACAUAACCAACCCAUAAAGUAACAUUUAACAUCCAUAUAUGGCCAGCUAUGUAAACUUUAACAAUGAUUUAUCCUGCAAUAGAUGUCAUUCAAUUGAUAACGUACAUUUUUGUCUUCUUCUAAUGCCUUUUAAGGGUAAAGUAAUCUAAAAGUAACUGAAUGUAAUCAGAUUACGUUAUAGAGUUUGGGUAAUCCAAAAGUUGCGUUACUGAUUACAAUUUUGGACAGGUAACUAGUAACUGUAAUGGAUUACAUUUCAUAGAAUACACCAUAGAACAAAAACAUAGAACUUACACACCCUGGCUCAACAUACAAGUGUCCCCAGAGCCAGGGCGUGACAGUACCCCCCCCUAAAGGCGCGGACUCCGACCGCGUCAACUAAAUACCACAGGGGAGGGACCGGGUGGGCACUCCGCCUUGGCGGCGGAUCCGGCUCCGGGCCUGAUCCCCACUCCCUCUCCAACCCCCCAAAGUACCCCUGGUCCGGUCUGGCCCCGCUGACCGGAGCUGGACUGCACACUGGUGGAGCGGAUUGCUCUAGCUCCGGCGUGAAGUAGCUGACAGGCACGGGCCGUGCCGGACUGACGACGCGUACCAUAGGCUUGGUGUGGGGAGCAGGAGCGGACCGGACCGGGCUGGCGAAGCACACCACUGGCUUGGUGUGGGGAACAGGCACGGGCCGUGCCGGACUGACGACGCGUACCAUAGGCUUGGUGCGGGGAGCAGGAGCGGGCCGAACCGGACUGGCGACGCACACCACUGGCUUGGUGUGGGGAACAGGCACGGGCCGUGCCGGACUGACGACGCACACCACUGGCUUGGUGUGGGGAGCAGGAGCGGACCGGGCUGGCGACGCGCACCAUAGGCUCGGUGCGGGAAGCAGGAACAGGCCGGGCCGGGCUGGCGACGCGCACCAUAGGCUCGGUGCGGGGAGCAGGUACAGGCCGGGCCGGACUGGCGACGCGCAUCAUAGGCUCGGUGCGGGGAGCAGGAACAGGCCGGGCCGGGCUGGCGACGCGCACCACAGGCUCGAUGCGAGGAACAGGAACAGGCCGGACCGUACUGGGGACACACACCACUGGCCCUAUGCAGGGAUCAGGAACGGGCCGGACCGGACUGGUAACACACCCCAGUACCUCUCGCCGUGCCUCCACACUUUCCCUCUCCUCUGUGACCAGUGGCCCCCUUAACCUGGCGGCCUCCUCUGCACACCCGCUGGACCGCUCCAUCGCGGCCUCCUGCUGCCCCGUCGUCCCAGCGUGAGCCCCCCCCUAAAAAUGUUAUGGGCUUCACUCCUACCCGUGGACCAGGUCUCCAUACUUUUUGCCAGCCUUUCGCCCUUCUGCUUCCACGUCAAGCCCCUCUCUUCCUCACAUGGCUUGACCCAGUCGAAGAGGCGAAGGAGAUCCGCUAGAGAUCUCUCAGGCGAUGGCUCCUGGACUUGCUGCUUGGUCCAGUCUUGGUGGGAUCUUCUGUCACGAUCGUCGGUAAGAGAUGAGGACCAAGGCGCAGCGUUGCAGACGAACAUACUCUUUAUUUAGUGAUUACACGAUCCAAAACAACAAAACGAUAACGUGACAGUCAACGGUCUAACACAAACCAACUAGAACAAGAUCCCACAAAACCAACGGGAAAACAGACAGUUUAAAUAUGGCUCCCAAUCAGAGACAACCAGCAACAGCUGACACUCGUUGCCUCUGAUUGGGAGCCACUCUGGCCAACAUAGAAAUAGCACCCAUAGAAUACACCAUAGAACAAAUAAAGUAACCUACCUAAUUUACUUGCCUUUGCAGUGUACAACACCACAAAGGACGGCUGGAUUGAGUACAACGACACUCAGUAUUUCUUCAACACUGAGUACCUCCCCAUGGAAGAGGCGAGAGCGUUCUGUAAAAAUAACUUUGGUGACCUGGUGGUCAUCACUGCGGAGAGCGAAAGGACGUUUCUAUGGAAACAGGUAGAGACUUCCAGUUGCAGCCCAGUAAUGUCUGAAGAGCUUCGGUUCCAGGAAUCUGAUAAAGAGAUGGUUUAAGAACAGGAUGACAAAAAGUGUCACUGAAAUGUUCAAUCAAGAUAUGUUUGUUUCCUCAAAAAUAUGUAACUUUUUUCCAGAUAGCGAGAGCUUCCGAGGGACAAUACUACAUUGGAAUGACCGUUGGUUUGGAUAAGUCUUUUAGGUAUGUAAAACGAAUGUUGACUGUUCCCUGGACAUUCAAAACAACCUGUAGUCCUACCACCUCUUUUCAGAGAUAUUCAUGCAGGAGCAUGUUUUGUUUGUCACACUCCAUUUUCCAUUUUGGUGGUAAAUACCUGAGAUCUGGAGAAACAUGUGUGCCUUCCAGGUGUGUAGUUGAUUGAAUGGAUGCUCACAGUUCAGAUUGGGUUUGUCUACUGUAUGUUUCAGCUGGUUGGAUGGGUCUCCUGUCGUGUACACCGCGUGGGAUCAAAACGAACCCAACUUCGCUAACAACGAUGAGAACUGUGUGACGAUAUACAAGAGUAUGGGUACGUCUGAUUGCAGAGGGAUCUGGGGAUGCAGUGGGGAUCAGCCUCCAAAGAGAAGGGAUUUAUCAGUCAUGAUCUCGUUACAGUGACGUUACACUGCGACGUCCCCAGGACUUUCGCUAACAUUCAGGGGACGUUCCCAGGAUGUCAUUUUGUAAGCUGGGUCUAUAUCAAUGACGUAUAUCAACCCUGGAUUGCUGACGCUAUGUAUUGGCCAUUGAGAGGCUUUGAAACCACCGGUCGGCCAUAUUUGCACUCCGUAGUUGGAGAAUGACUGGAAUUCUACAGUAUUUAAAUGUUUCAAGGACAAAAUUACAUGUAUUUAAGUAUAUUUUUGUUGUAGUGGCGACAGUAACAUAAGUACUCUAAAAAAUAUACUUGAAGGAAAAUGUUUUUAUAUACUUUUUCAUUUAAAAAAAAGUCAUCCAGGGUUUAUACAUAUAAUUGAUCUAUAUUGGGUUGUGUCUCUCUGUUUCUAUGCAUUUAUAGGGUACUGGAAUGAUAUCAAUUGUGGCAUAGAGUUGGCCUCCAUUUGUAAAAGAACAGCCAGUUUCACGAACACAACAAUGGCCCCCACCACUGUACCCAAGGGAGGUUGUGCCCCGGAAUGGAUUGCUUUCCAGGGCAAGGUAACUACUACACUUCCACAGUACAACCACCACGUCUAUAAAAUCAUACAUACACCUGUAUGGUACACCAGCAUAGGAAACCUCACACAAACUGCAUCAACAGCUGAUUCCUGACUGGCGUUUUUCCUGAUCAUGUGCUAAGGAAAAACUCAGGCCCUAAUGAUGAUCCAAUGUGAUCCUGACCUGGGUGUGGAGAGUAGUCAUUGUCUGUGUCCCAAGUGACACCCUAUUCCCUUUAUAGUGCACUACUUUUGACCAGAGCCCAUGCACUAUACUGUAUCGGGAAUAAGGUGCCAUCUGGGCGCAUCCAUUUUGUCAGCUGUAGUAGCAUGUGCUGUUCUAACACAGUGCCGACGCAUCAUGUUUCCACAGUGCUACAAAUUCAUGGGAGACAAUGAUAAGAAGCCGUGGCAGGAGGCCAGGACCUACUGCAUCAACCAGGGAGGGAACCUGGCAUCUGUCCUCAGCGACAAAGAGCAAGGUGGGUGAGAAAGCCAUACCUUUAGACCAAAGCUACCAUUGCCCAAAGUAUUACCAUUGCCCAAAAAUUACAGUGCUGUAGAGAAUGUUAGCUAAUAUUGGGUCUUAUACAUCUGUGAAAUUUGGCCCAUAAGAUAAAAUGAAUUUGAACACAAUCCAGAAGCAUGCAUCAAUAAAUGUUAUAGACAAAAGGGCAACACUUUAUUUGGAUAGUCCCACAUAGAUUAUUUAUAGAUGUUUAACUAACUGUCAACAAUAGUUGAAAUUUAAAUGCUAGCCAAUACAAAAGAGGUUGAUACGUCUUUCAAGAAUCACCUGAUUGGACAGUGGUAUUACCUUUUCCUUGUUCUUACUUGUCCUUUCCAGCAUUCCUUACCACACAAAUGCUUGGGAAUCAGCAGGACCUCUGGAUAGGUCUGAACGAUAUUAACUGGGAGAUGCGCUUCGUAUGGACCGAGGGCAGAGGGGUUUCCUAUACCAACUGGGCCAAAGGGCAUCCGACGUCAAUGCCUGACGGACGCUAUUCAUUUAUGGACGAGGUACAAGGCUUACAAUAAAUAUAACUGCUUAAGGGAUUUCUGGACACAGGUUAAAAAUCAUUAAAAAUAUAUAUUUGAAAGUAGGUAGACGAAAAUCUACUUUCAAAGGAGAGUCUCUAAUGAAAAUAAUUUUUUUACCUAAAAUCUGGGUCCGGGAAAUCAGCAAUUUAGAUGUUUGCUUUGACAUGUUGAUUGACCUGUUGUCAAUAAGUGUAAAUUCAAGACAACCUUAACCAGUCAAAUGUGAAUUCCAAAGAGGAAUCUAACCUUUCUCUAUCCUUCCCAACCUCACUCCCAGGUGUUUGACUGUGUGGUUCUGGUGGGCAGCUCUCCAAAACAGACAGGAAUGUGGAUGGUCAAUGACUGCUUAGUGUCCCGUGGUUUCAUCUGCAAAAGGAAUAUUGGUGAGAAGACGCAAUAGUUCAGUGAGGCUGCUAAAGGGAUGCAAAAUUCAAGUAACUUUUCAAAAAAUUCCCAGGUUUUCCAGGAAUCUGUGAAUCCUCCGAAAGGAUAUCUGGAGAACCUGGAUAUUUUGGGAAAGUUACCGGCAACCGGAGUGACGCUGAUCACGUCCAAUUAUUGGGUAUGUGGUCCAAUAGAGUACUUCUAUGUAGGUUCUCCAAUAUCAAGUCUGCUUUGGUUUCAGAUUCUCAGAUUGUGGUACCUGCCACCACGGUGUCAACAAAUACUUUUUACAAGCUGGGCGAUGACUCCUUCAAAUUGGUGGCCCAGAAGAUGAAAUGGGAAGAGGCCAGGAGGCAAUGUAAAGCAGACGAUGCAGAGAUGGCUAGCAUCCUGAACCCCAUCACCCAGGCAUUCAUCUCACUGCAGAUCCACAAAUACAAUGAGCCUGUGUGGAUCGGCCUCAACAACAAUCUGGUAAAAGGCUGUAGUGUUGACAUCGAUCUCUGUAAAUCAUUUGGGUUACAGAGAUUCUAAAUAAAUUAUGUUGAUCACACUAACUCUAAAUAUGGAGCUUUGUGAGCUUCAAUUUCCUCAUUACAAGGCCCAGCAGGUCAAAGAUAACCUAAUGUGUAUAGGGAAGUAGGGGUGCUGGAGGUGCUGCAGCACCUCCUUAUGCUGAAAUAAUUUGGCUUCCUGACAUGAAUGGGAAAUGCCAUCUAUGGAUUAUAUUUCUAUGGUUGGAUGCGGUUGUCAGUUUGACUUUCACAAAUUUCAAAGUACAAUCAUGAGAAAAUGUAGAGUUAGGAAAGCAAAUGCCUACUGCUGAAAAGAGAAUACUAAUCUGUCUGUAGAAGCUAAUAAUAGUUUUCUCAACUUUUGAGCAAUUCUGAGCGAACUGCACUGUUUUUCAAAGUAGCUUAUCUUGAGAUAGGUUAUUGGCAGGAGUGCAUCAGCCAUCACCAGUGAGUAGCCUUCAUCUUCAUCUUCAUCAUCAUUAUCUGUACCAAGACUGUGCAAAGCUGUCAUCAGGGCAAAGUGUGGCUACUUUGAAGAAUCUAAAAUAUAAAAUACAUUUUUAUUUGUUUAACACUUUUUUGGUUACUAAAUGAUUCCAUAUGUGUUAUUUCAUAGUUUUGAUGUCUUUACUAUUAUUCUGUCACGAUCGUCAUAUGGAACAGACCAAGGCGCAGCGUGAUGAACAAACAUACUUUAAUUAGUUAAAGUUUAAACACAAUACAAAACAAGAAACGACUCGUGACGUCCAACGGUAUCAAUGACCGAACACGGAACAAAAACCCACAAACACAAAGGGAAAACAGACAGUUUAAAUAUGGCUCCCAAUCAGAGACAACCAGCCAACAGCUGACACUCGUUGCCUCUGAUUGGGAGUCACUCAGGCAAACAUAGAAAUCAACAAACUAGAACCCCCAACAUAGAAAUAAACACAUAGAAUAAACACACCCUGGCUCAACAAAUAGAGUCCCAGAGCCUGUGACAGACGCCUCAACUAAACAAAACAGGGGAGGGCUGGGCGGGCAUACCUCCUCGGCGGCGGUUCUGGCUCCGGCCUUGACCACCACCCUCCAAUACACCCCCCAUAGCGCCCCUGGUCCAGUCUGGCCCCGCCGGCCGGAGCCGAACUGGACUUAGCAGGAGCGGUUAGCUUCAGCUCCAUAGUGGAGCUGUUGGCCGGUACCUUACCAGGCACCGGUGACCCAGGCACGGGUUGUGCUGGACUGACGACGCGCAACCCUGGCUUGGUGCGUGGAGAAGGAACGGGCCUUACCAGGCUGACGACGCGCACCCCUGGCUUGGUGCGUGGAGGAGGGAUGGGCCUUACCAGGCUGACGACUCGCACCCCUGGCUUGGUGCGAGUGGCAGGAACAGGCCAGGCCGGGCUGGCGACGCACACCGUAGACUUGGUGCGAGUGGCAGGAACAGGCCGGGCCGGGCUGGCGACGCGCACCGUAUACUUGGUGCGAGUGGCAGGAACAGGCCGGGCCGGGCUGGCGACGCGCACCGUAUACUUGGUGCGAGUGGCAGGAACAGGCCGGGCCGGGCUGGCGACGCGCACCGUAGACUUGGUGCGAGUGGCAGGAACAGGCCGGGCCGGGCUGGCGACGCGCACCGUAUACUUGGUGCGAGUGGCAGGAACAAGCUGGGCCGGGCUGGCGACGCGCACCGUAGACUUGGUGCGAGUGGCAGGAACAGGCCGGGCCGGGCUGGCGACGCGCACCGUAUACUUGGUGCGAGUGGCAGGAACAAGCCGGGCCGGGCUGGCGACGCACACCGUAGGCUUGGUGCGUGGAGCAGGGACAGGCCGGACUGGGCUGGCGACGCACACCGUAGGCUUGGUGCGUGGAGCAGGGACAGGCCGGACCGGGCUGGCGACGCACACCGUAGGCUUGGUGCGUGGAGCAGGGACAGGCCGGGCUGGGCUGUCGACGCACACCGUAGGCUUGGUGCGUGGAGCAGGGACUGGCCGGACUGGGCUGGCGACGCACACCGUAGGCUUGGUGCGUGGAGCAGGGACAGGCCGAACCGGGCUGUGGAGACGGAUAGGAGCCCUGGAGUGAAGAGCGGCCACAACCCGUCCUGGCUGAAUGCCUACCCUCACACACUCUGUGUGAGGCAUCCGCACAGGACGUACAGGGCGGUGUAUCCGUAACCUGGUGGCCUCCAGAAUCCGCCCCUCUUUUGCCUCCGUCAGCCCCGUCGUCCAUGCCGUGUGCCCCCCCCCCUAAAAAUGUUCUGGGGUUGCCUCUCGACCGCCCGACGAAGACCCUGAUCACGCCGUUGCUCCUCUCUACGGCGCGCCUCCACCGUCUCUUCUCCCUGGCGCUUCCUCCCAUGUCCAGCCCAAGAGCUGCCCCUGGACACGCUGCUUGGUCGUUGCAUGGUGGGUUUUUCUGUCACGAUCGUCAUAUGGAACAGACCAAGGCGCAGCGUGAUGAACAAACAUACUUUAAUUAGUUAAAGUUUAAACAUGAAUACAAAACAAGAAACGACUCGUGACGUCCACGGUAUCAAUGACCAAACACGGAACAAAAACCCACAAACACAAAGGGAAAACAUACAGUUUAAAUAUGGUCUCCCAAUCAGAGACAACCAGCCAACAGCUGACACUCGUUGCCUCUGAUUGGGAGUCACUCAGGCAAAACCUAGAAAUCAACAAACUAGAAUUACCAACAUAGAAAUACACACAUAGAAUGAACACACCCUGGCUCAACAUAAUGAGUCCCAGAGCCAGGGUGUGACAUAUUCUACAAUGUGUCCAAACUUUUGACUGGUACUGUAUACAUACAGUUAAAGUCGGAAGUUUACAUACACUUAGGAUGGAGUCAUUAAAACGUGUUUUUCAACCACUCCACAAAUUUCUUGUUAACAAACAAUAGUUUUGGCAAGUCGGUUAGGACAUCUACUUUGUGCAUGACACAAGUCAUUUUUCCAACAAUUGUUUACAGACAGAUUAUUUCACUUAUAAUUCACUGUAUCACAAUUCUAGUGGGUCAGAAGUUGACAUACACUAAGUUGACUGUGCCUUUAAACAGCUUGGAAAAUUCCAGGAAAUUAUGUCAUGGCUUUAGAAGCUUCUGAUAGGCUACUUGACAUCAUUUGAGUCAAUUGGAGGUGUACCUGUGGAUGUAUUUCAAGGCUUACCUUCAAACUCAGUGUCUCUGAUAUCAUGGGAAAAUCAAAAGAAAUCAGCCAAGACCUCAGAAAAAAAUUGUAGACCUCCACAAGUCUGGUUCAUCCUUGGGAGCAAUUUCCAAAUGCCUGAAGGUACCACGUUAACCUGUACAAACAAUAGUACGCAAGUAUAAACACCAUGGGACCACGCAGCUGUCAUAACGCUCAGGAAGGAGACGUGUUCUGUCACCUAGAGAUUAAUGUACUUUGGUGCGAAGAGUGCAAAUCAAUCCCACAACAACAGCAAAGGACCUUGUGAAGAUGCUGGAGGAAACAGGUACAAAAGUAUCUAUAGUCACAGUUAAACGAGUCCUAUAUCAACAUAACCUGAAAGGCCACUCAGCAAGGAAGAAGCCACUGCUCCAAAACCACCAAAAAAAGCCAGACUACAGUUUUCAACUGCACAUGGGGACAAAGAUCAUACUUUUUGGAGAAAUGUCCUCUAGACAUAGAACUGUUUGGCCAUAAUGACCAUCGUUAUGUUUGGAGGAAAAAGGGGGUGCUGGCAAGCCGAAGAACCCCAUCCCAACCAUGAAGCACGGGGAUGGCAGGAGGGACUGGUGCACUUCACAAAAUAGAUGGCAUCAUGAGGAAGGAAGAUUAUGUGGAUAUAUUGAAGUAACAUCUCAAGACAUCAGUCAGGAAGUUAAAGCUUGGUCGCAAAUGGGUCUUCCAAGUGGACAAUGACCCCAAGCAUACUUCCAAAGUUGUGGCAAAAUGGCUUAAGGACAACAAAGUCAAGGUAUUGGAGUGGCCAUCACAAAGCCCUGACCUCAAUCCUAUAGAACAUUUGUGGGCAGAUCUGAAAAAGCGUGUGCGAGCAAGGAGGCCUACAAACCUGACUCAGUUACAUUAGCUCUGUCAGGAGGAAUGGGCCAAAAUUCACCCAACUUAUUGUGGGAAGCUUGUGGAAGGCUACAUGACACGUUUGACCCAAGUUAAACAAGUUAAAGGCAAUGCUACCAAAUACUAAUUGAGUGUAUGUAAACUUCUGACCCACUGGGAAUAUGAUGCAAUAAAUAAAAGCUGAAAUGAAUCAUUAUCUCUACUAUUAUUCUGACAUUUCACAUUCUUAAAAUGAAGUGGUGAUCCUAACUGACCUAAGACAGGGAUUUUUUACUAGGAUUAAAUGUCAGGAAUUGUGAAAAACUGAGUUUAAAUGUAUUUGGCUAAGGUGUAUGUAAACUUCCGACUUCAACUGUAUGUAUUCUUCCUAAUAUUGUACAAUUUGUGUUUAUUCAAUGGCCUGGGCUAUUGUUUGCAUUCAAGACCAAGACGUUUUAUUGCUCUCAGUUUGUCACUGUCAGAGUAGCCACUCAUUUCGGUCAUUUGUGUAGUAUUAAAAAAUAUUUUUCCCAAUAUUACAUCUGCUGAUGUAGAAAGGGAUUUAUAAAUACAUUUGAUUUUGAUUUAAUUCUGCUAAUGUUGUCUAUUAUGUAAAUUCCGUAGAAUUGCAUUAAAUGCGUUUAUAAAAGGAAGAACAUUCCCAGACCCUGCUAAAAAAGAAUCCCUAUGUUUGGAAAUCAUAAAUACGUGUCUGCUCAACUGCAUGCCACUAUGCAAAUGUGAUUAUACUAUAAUAUUAGAAGCAUGCAAUGCUUUAUUAUAAAAGGGAUUUUUUAUUCUCCCCCCCCCCAGCACCCCCAAACAUCCUCAAAACAACAGUGUAGGACUCUGGCUUUGGUUUAAGAGCUAGUGUAGCUCCAAAGUGUUCAUUUAAGAUACCAAAGAGGUUUUGUGUUUGUAAACCUAUAAGCUUUCGGCUGGACCUUGCCGUCAUUGUGUGUUUUCGUCAUUGUCCUUUUCUCUGUCUCUCAGACUGAAGGGCUUUUUAGGUGGGUGGAUAAAUGGCCUCUGUUUUACACCAAAUGGGGGGAAGACGAGCCUAAGAACAACAUGGCCUGUGUUUACAUGGACACAGACGCCAAGUGGAAGACAGGCGACUGUAGUAACACCUACUACUCACUGUGCAAGAAAUCACCAGGUCAGACAAGGCCUUUACUCCAUUUUCCCACUGUCUAUGCUUAAUAGUUUAUAAAUCCCCAAAUGUGGCUAAUAAAGAUGUUGUAUGCCUUUAUGUAUCCAUUUUCCAUCCAUGAACAUUUACCAUAUACUGUAUGUCUUCUCUCAGAUCAACUUCAGUGUAUACAGUGUCCAUAUUAGGACUUCUCUGCCUUAUUUUACAGACAUAGCCCCCACUCAGCCCCCUCAGCUCCCUGGCAAGUGCCCCGAGCCCAAGAAACGCAAGACGUGGGUUCCCUUCAGGGGUUACUGCUAUGCCUUCCUCAACUCUUUGGUGGAGAACUGGGCCCACGCCACUGUGGACUGUCUCAGAAUGGGUAAACACUAAACCUCCUUCACACUAAUUGUCAUUCAGACCACACUGGUUCAGACCACACUGGUUGCGUCUCAAACGGCACCCUAUUCCCUUUAUAGUGCACUACACACAUAACAAAAUACUACAGUUUACUAUAGAAUACCACAGUACUUACUAUAGAAUUCUGUUGUAAACUGUAGUAUACUGCAGAAGACUACAUUACACACUGUUGUAUUCCUUGAGCAUGUGUAGUACUUAGUAUCAAAUUGUGUAGUAUACUGUAGAAUACUAUAGUAACUACUACAGUAUUAUCCAGAAAAAGACACUGUAGUAAAUACUACAGAAAUGUCUGUAAAAACACUACAGUUUGCAAAAACACUACCUUUCUUUUAACUAUUGUCAAGUUAUGCGUGAUUUCUGGCUGACCACAGCUCUGCCCAAACUUGAAAACGGCUUUAUCCUUGAUGAACGCAAAGGACAACUCAAAACUGUUCACUUUAUGAUUUUUUAUUGUCAUAAAGAUGGAACAGAAUAGGUUGAUAACCUUCAAAACACACAAACAAAAAACCAUGGAUUAGUUACAAAUAACUCUCAAUUCCACUUUCUCAAAAAUAAGCAUAAACUAAUGUUACUGAAUCCUCAAACCUAACCAAACAAUCAUUUCAUCAUUUAGAUUAACCUAGGAUCAUUGCAAGUUAAUAAUUAAAUAUCAAUAUCAUAAUUAAACAUUUAACAAUACACAUGAUUAUAGUAACGUUACUGUCAAGUUCUACGUUCACAUAAUGAAGUCUUCACUAUUUAAUUUAAUUAAUAAUUGUAUUGUAUGUUACAACCAAACAAAAGGGCAUAUAGAAGCAUGAAUUCAACACAUUUCAACACAUUCUGUCCUACCAGUUGCGUCUUUGGAUGAUCAGGAGCUGUGGUCAUUGGUAUCUCUUCUCAGGAAUGAGUGAGAGCCAAGUAAGCUUUUACCAAACAUUUCGAUGCCAUGCACAUGCACUGCUUAUGGGUGCGCAGGUUAAUAUGGUCCCCAGAGCACUUCCUGGUGGUUGGUUUCAACAGCUCCGGUUGUAUGGUUGCCCCCUGCAGGUUGGGAGUGCUUUGAGCACCCUGGGUGGAUUUAGGCUUGAGUGCUCGGUAUAGCUUGUAGUCAGGAAUUGACACAACACCUCCCACUUGACCUCCUGGUUCUUCAACCCAAGGAGGUCACACAGAACUGUGAUGUGUUGGAUUCAGUUACUCUAUUUUUGAUCCUGUUGCUGCUGCUCUUCAACUGGAAGCAAGACAACUAUCCGUCUGACAUCCCUGUGAAGAACUGUUGCUGGUAUCUUGAUUGAAUCUUUUUCCAUCUUUUUAGUGGGCUUCACAGUUGCGACUGGGUAGCUGGGGAAGGAUCGGAGAUAUACAUCCCUCACAAUUCCCUUCUUGUCAGUGUUAACGUCAAUAACUCUGGCAAGCCUGUACUGACCUCUCAAGGCGUUCUGGUCGGCCAGCCAGACGACAUCUCCAAUUGCCACAUUCCUGUGAGCGGUGUGCCACUUGGUCCGGACAAACAGGUUUGGUCCGGCUAACUGACUCCAUUUCCUCCAGAAUCGGUCAACUUCUGUUUGGAUGGUUCUUAAUCUCUUGUAGGAGUAACCUUCAAAGUCAAAAGUCCCUGGAUCUCCUCUGGGUCCGGUUCGUCCGAGUAGAAGUGAAUUUGGGCUAAUGUAUUCUACACAGUCCUCUCUGCUCUGAGUCCUGGCAUCAAUAGGCCGCUCAUUGGCAAGGUUGGAAGCCAUAUAAAGGAAAGUCUGAAAUUCACCCCAUGUGAGGACUCCAUUACCUCCCAGAUUGUGUAAAGCCCGCUUCACAGUUCGGACAGCGGCUUCAGCAGCUCCGUUUCUGUGAGGUGAGUCUGCUGGAUGGAUCCUCCAGCUCCAUUCUGUGCCAUGCUUGGAAACGUCGUUUUCAAGCUUCGACUUCUCCAGCCGGUCCAGAAACAUGUAGAGUUCUUUGAGGGCAGGUCUGGCUUCGACAAAGUUUUUUCCAGGAUCCGACCACAAUUUCCUUGGAUGCCCUCUCAGUGCCGUAAAUCUUUGGUAGGCUAACAGGAAGCCUUCAGCUGACUGGUCGCUGACAAGGUCUGUGUGCAUAGCUCUUGACACCAUGCAGCAAAAGACAAUUCCCCACACCUUAAGUUUCACCUUCUUUCUCACCUCAUCCUUCACUUCAUAAGGUCCAAAUAAGUCCACUGUGGUGUACUCAAAGGGAUUGGCUGGUGUUAUUCUCUCCGAUGGAAGGUCACUCAUGAUCUGUUGGCAUCUCCGGGCCUUAAGUUUCCUGCAUGUCACACAGUUAUCAACGAUCUUUUGAGCUAGUUUCCGGCCUCUUACCACCCACGCUUUCCUUCUCAUCCGGAGGAGUGUGCCUGCGAUGUCUUCAUGAUUUGUCUUGUGGGCUUCUUGAGCUAGAAGGGUGGAUACCCAUGACGUGCAGGGCAAGAUUGGUACUGCAGUUUUUUCUUCAUUAAAGAUUUGGAAUCUUCCUCCACAGAGCAAGAGUCCAGUGUUUUCCUCUUUGACCACAGCAAGCCUGCUGAGUGUGGUGUCUGGCCAGGUUACAUCCUUUUGGGCUGCAAGGAAGAGAUCCCUGAGUGCAUCUUCACACUCCAUGAUGGUAAGUGUAGCUUUCUUGAUUCUGGACUUGAUCUCAAGAGCUGAAGGAAUUUCCUUUUUCUUUGGCUUGCUUGUGGUGGUGGUCUUGGCUAGCAUUUCUUUCCACCUUGUGGCAGCUCUCCACACCCAGGCAAUGACUCUUGUCAACCUGGUUAAACUGCUGAACUUGCUGAUGUUAAGGAUAUUCCCCACUGAAUAACCCGAAGGUGGUCUUUGGACUUGGAUUUGGUGCCCUCUUCCAUUAGGGCUGCUUUGCAGGUCUUUACCUUUGUCAGAGGUUGGAGAUAUUGGUAUACGUGGAGCAUGUUGGAUUUUUUUUCCCCACCUGCGCUCGGGUCAGUGCUGCUGUAAAACAUUUCCUUUGGAGCUUGUUUAUGCCUUCUUUGGCAUCUGCAGCGACUUCUUUGGCUGACUUUGUCGGCCAAUCCUCUACAGGUCGUUUCAGAAACUCUGGGCCGUUCUGCCACACAGAGUUCUCUUUGAGGUCCUCUGGGGUUGCUCCUCUUGUCAUGAGGUCAGCAAUGUUUUGCUCACCUGGAAUCCAUCUCCAGUCCUCAACUGAUGUGGACUUCUGGAUCUCUCCCACUCUGUUUGCAAAAAAGGUCUGGUACCCAUAACUGUCCCUUUGGAUUGCACCCAGCACAGUUUGACUAUCUAACAGAUGGAUCCAACGUCCUACUUGCAUCCGACUGUGCUUUUCAAUGUAUUUCCUGAGUCUUGCAGCGAACACAGCACCACAGACUUCAGCCUUCACUGGUUCUCCCUUUUGGUCAAGUGGUGUAAGCUUGGCUUUGGACUCAACAAGUCGGACCAGGAUGCCUUGCUCGGUCUCCCACCUGAAGUAUGCCACUGCUCCAUAACUCUGGUCGCUCCCAUCUGAGAAUGUUAUUCCCCAGGGUUCUCCAAUCCUUUUGACUGGAGUCAGGCUUCUAUGGAAGGUAAUUUGGUUGAGGCGUGUGUAUUCCUCAAACAGGUGGAUUGCUUCUCCUCUAAGUUUCUCAGACAGAGGUGUGUCCCAUGUGUCUCUUGUUAGAGCUUUGCCUCCAGUUUCUUGGAAUGCUUUUCUGACUACAAUGGCUCCUUUCUGUUUGGCAGGUGUUGCAAGGCCUGUUGGGUCAUACAAACUAGCUACUUGGCUAAGCAGUUGCCUUCUGGUCAGUGGGUUUGGAGUUUUCAUUCUCACUUCCUCUCCAACGAGAUCUUGACUGAUCCUCAUCUUCUUUUGUCUCUUUGAGAAGUUUAUCGAGGUCAUGAGGUACAGUUUGUCUGAUUCGACUAAAUAACCAACUCCAAGGGCUCUGUUGUCUCCUUCUCUCACUUGGUUGGGGAGGAUGAAGACUUCAUCUGACGAUGUUGGAUGUUCUGAUGUAGAUGUUUGCCUCCCACUUUGGCCUGAUCGGACCCACGGCUUGAGGAAGAAUCCACCUGCCUUUAGGAUUUCUUCAACUUUUUUGGUGGUUCUGUCUAGCUUUUCCAGGUCAUUAUGGGAUGUCAGGAUGUCAUCUACGUAGGAAUCCUCUUCAAGGACCCUCCGUUCCUCUUUCAGAUGUGUGAACAUGGGCAACUUCGCUGUUUCUCUCAUGGCUAGUUGUGCGAUACACCCUGCUGGACGAUCGCCCAUGUUGACCCUGGUGAUGGCAUAUUCCUCAAUGUCCCCAUCAUCACCGUCUCUCCAGAGGAAUCUAUGGAGGUGCAUCUCCAGGUCUUCGAGCCACACAGAAUUGUACAUCUUUUUGAUGUCGCCGAGAGCAGCAUGGAUUCCUCUCCUGAACCUUAGCAGUACCGCUCGAAUAGGAUUAAGUACCUCAGGCCCUUUCAGAAGAAGGUCAUUCAUGCUGCUUCCUCUAAACCUCUGGCUGCUGUUCCAUACCAGUCGGACAGGUGUAGUUACAGAGUGUGGGUUUGGUGCUAUCAAGUGACUGACGUACCAUACUGGACCUUUCCAGUCGGCAAUGGUCUUUCUAGUGAGUUUCUUUGCUGCCUUCCUUUCCACCAUCUCAUGAACUUGAGUUGUGUAUGCUGCACGCCAAUCUGGUUCUCUCUUGAGUUGUUUCUCCGUCCUCAGAAACGUGGCUUCCACUGCGCUUCUGUUGUUGGGCAGGGAACUUGGAUCUUCAAUCCAAGGGUAUUUUGUGUCCCAGUGAGGCUCCUGACUAUGCACAUCUGACUCCACGUAACUGAGACCUUGCCUGAUUAUCUCAAGCUCUCUUUCUUCACUAAGAGUCAUGUCUUUGCCUCCUGGUUGACAGUUACCACAACAACAUCCUCCACACAUGGGUUCACAGGCCGCACCAAUGCUGUCCCACUUCCACCAGUCCAAGAACUCUUUGCCAAUAACAGUGGUUUUAGUUUCAGCUCUAGAUUCUUGCAUCUCAGCAAUUUCUUGAUACUUUACUGCUGUGAUUCUCAUAGAUCGUGCAAAAUGAGUUUCAGAAUUGUGCAGGGCCAUGUCCACUACUUCACAGAGGUCUGGAUGUGCUCCUCCAACGGUCUUUCCUAAAGGGCUCUCCCACAGGACAAGAUCUCCUACUACCUUUACUCUCUGUGGAGCAAGUCUUCCUUCACGGUGGCUUAUGAGAAGCUCAACAUGUUCUGGUCUGUGAAGGUCUUCCAGGUUGGUAUCGGGGAAUAACUUCUUGAGGUGUUGUGCUUUGAUUGCUCUGUGAACUUUUGCAAUUUCAUCCAACCCAUAACAGAUCAGCUCAUGAGCUUUCUCCGUGCCUCUCGGUGUCUUGACUCUCACCUUGAGUAAGUAUCUUUUGGUCUUCACCUUCAUGGCCAUGCCUCCAACUCCAUGGACGACUAGUGUGAUCCUUUCACUUCGAAGCUUCAGUCUCCUGGCGGCUGUGUGAGUGAUGUAGUUGGUGUCUGAUGCUAAGUCAAUGAGAGUUCCAAUUUUCUGCCCUGCGUUAGUAGUUACUUCGAGAAGCAUAAGAAUAACUGGUAAUUCACGUGUGCUUGAGUCCAUUACCCCAGGAAGGCUUCCUCCAGUGCAGUGUGAUUUUGCCAUGUUGGUGAAAGCAUUCCUGAAUUUUUCUGCCAUGUCCGGGGUGAGCUCACGUAUUAAUCUCUCUUGCUCCUCUGUGAAUGUUUGCCUCCUGGUGCUGGGUUUUUCCACUUUCACGUAUUCUUUCCUCUUAGCCCCUCCUUUAAGGCAGAGAAAGAAAUGGUGAUCCGAGGAGCUUCCUCUUUUGCAGUCUCUGUUUCUGCAAAGGUAAGUGUCCGUACAUUCCUCAUCCUCUCCAUGACAUCUGAGGCAUCUUCUGCAUGCUCCCAGUCUUUCGACAGCAUUCAGCUUCUCACUAGGCUUUAGUUCUUUGAACUGCUUACAAAAGAAAAUCUUCUCACGGUGCUUUUCAUCUCCACACACAACGCAUCCUCCCUUUCUCGUGGACCUUGUGGAAGCAUACCGCUUCUCCGGGUACGUAGCUUUCUUUUCAGGUUUUUCACUUACACCCAACUGGUCUAGUUUCUCCAGUAUGUCUUCUUGUGUCUUUAAAAAUCUUAGAAGGCUGUCGAAGUGAUUGUCAGGUGUGACUCCAUUUCUUGGGUUGACCAUGAAUGUCAGCCAGUCCCUCUUCAUGUUAUCCGGCAGCUUGCUCUCUAUGGAUCUGAUGACAAGGGGAUUCCUUAUGGCUCCACUGCUUUCGAGCUCCGUGAGGUCAUUCAGGGCCUUUUCCACAGCUUGAAUCAGGUCAAUAACCUUCCUUGGUUGGUGUGACUUUAAAGGAGGGACCCUCUCCAGGUCCUCAAUUAUCUCCAAAGCGAUUGUUGGCUUGUUUCCAUACCGGUUUUGGAGUACUCUAAACAUGUCUUCAGCACUGUUAUAUGUUGACAGGCGCAGGUCUCUACAUAUUCUCUCGUCCACACUGUCAAGAAGUUGAAACUUCUUCACCUCCACUGAACCAGUCGGCUCUCCCUGCUUUUGUAGGCUCUCCCAGUCUUUCCUCCAUCUGUGGAAAUUCCUCCUAAGCCCAGUGAAUUUAGGUAGACUGGUUGGUUUUAUUCUCACCACUGGUUGUGGGACUGCUAUUGGUUGAAGCUCUGUAGGUCUUCUGUCCUCUUCUGCAAUUCUCUGUGCGAUGAGGAAUUCUGUUAUUUUGGCCUCGAGGUUACUGCCGAAUAUUCUCAGAUCUUUUACUCUGCCUUUCAGAUCUGCAGUCUCAUCGUGUGGGACCCAUUUUUCCCAGUCUUUCAGGCUUUCACUUGCAUCAUGGAUUAGCUUCCUCGCUCUUUCCAGCUGUAGUUCAUAGCCGUCCCUGUUAAUAGCAGUGACGGGGGUUUCUUUGGCUCUGUCACAGGCUUUCUCCGCUUCUUGGAUUGCAAAGUCUACCUCCUCUUUACCGUAUCGUGGCCAGAGGUUGAAUUGGACUGCCUCUCGGAUUUCCUCCAAUUUCAUGUCGCACUCUUCAAUCGUCCUUUCAAGAUCAGCCUGCUGGUCCUUGUCGAGCUUGACCUCUUCAUCUCCCUUAGUUCCCGCUUCAGCCAGUAGGCCAACCGCGUAGUCAUCAUUUGAAUCACCGACACUUCUAGCCAGGGAACUGAGCUUGCUGAACUCCUCUUGUAGUUCAUGCUUAAUCAUACUAGCUGCAGCUUUACUCAGGUAGUUCGCUUGUCUGGUGAAAGCAGAUUUGGCUAAGGUCCGCUCUUGCUUCAGUUGCUUGACUGUUUUCCCAAAAGUUUCCUUGGCCAUGGUGUAGAGUUUUACAGGCAAUUCUUCCUUUGCGUCGACAGCUUGACUUCAGCCCUUUGAUCCUCGUCCUCACUGCCGCGCUGGUUAUCAACUGUCAAGUUUGGUAAAAGUGAACUUUUUCUCAGGAAUGAGUGAGAGCCAAGUAAGCUUUUACCAAACAUUUCGAUGCCAUGCACAUGCACUGCUUGUGGGUGCGCAGGUUAAUAUGGUCCCCAGAGCACUUCCUGGUGGUUGGUUUCAACAGCUCCGGUUGUAUGGUUGCCCCCUGCAGGUUGGGAGUGCUUUGAGCACCCUGGGUGGAUUUAGGCUUGAGUGCUCGGUAUAGCUUGUAGUCAGGAAUUGACACAACAACUAUAGUAAAUGCUAUGGUAUUCAAUUAGCAUAUAUUUUUUAUUUUUUAGUCAUUUAGCAGAUGCUCUUAUCCAGAGCGACUUACAGGAGCAAUUAGGGUUAAGUGCCUUGCUCAAGGGCACAUCGACAGAUUUUUCACCUAGUCGGCUCAGGGAUUAGAACCAGCGACCUUUCGGUUACUGGCACAACGCUCUUAAGCAUUAAGCUACCUGCCGCCCUUCCCAUUCCCCUCCCCCAUAUCCCAAUUUGUGCCACCCAUAAGUGAGAAACCUACAUGCCAAGUAUAGACCAUAUAUUGUGUUCCCUACAGAUUAUAGAUGGUCAGCUGGUCAGUCUUUUAAACAGCUUUUUAAAUCAGCGGGAGAUAGCAGUGAGGGUGGGAGGAGCCACAUCAUUCAGGUUCUCUCCAGAGGUGGGAGUACCCCAAGGCUCCACCCUCAGUCCUCUACAGUUUAUAAUGUACAUCUGUGAUAUUUAUUACCCAAGAGAGGGACAAGUGGCCCAGUUCGCAGAUGAUCUCUGUUAUUGUGCCUCCUCCAAAAACUUUGCCCAUGCUAGAACAAAGCUACAGAAGAAUAUCUAUCAGAGACCGAGAAGUGGGUCAAUCUGUGGUGGGUCAAGCUCUACCCCCUGAAGACCCAGUGAGUCCUCUUCUCCAGGCACCCCAAGCAAGUGCAUUUUAAACUUUAUGGACAGGCACUCCAGACAACCCCAACGGCCAAGUUCCUUGGGUCACAUUCCAAGAAAACAUGUCCUGGAGUGCCCACAUGGAGUGCCUGGAGAAGGAUGGAAGGAAGCGCCUGAACCACCUGAGGGUACUCUGCAGAAGAAAAGGAGGAGCCACGCCCGGAACAGACUUCAGAGUGUUGCAGAGCUACAUUCGGCCGCACUUUGAGUAUGCUACACCAGCCUGGUGGGACGUGGGGAGGUCCCAUGUCAGAAAAGACCAUUCAAAACCUUGCCAUCAAGAUGGCAUACAGACUCCCCACGUACACAAACACACACUACAUACAUUAACUUUCAGGAGUGAGAACACUAGAGGAGAGGCUGUUCUGGGGCGCAGGUUUACCCUCAGGUCAGUGGACAAUCCAUCUCUGAAACCCAUGAUAUGGGAGGAACAAGCUGACCCGCCCAGAACUUUAUCCAGCACCCACCUCUCUGCGCUUCCUAAAUAUUGA